CCUCAAUAUACUGUUGAUACUCACAUUCCACCUUCCUUUUUUCUCUAUAUGAAACAUAGCCCGUGAGCAUGUCCAGGAUUUCAAUAUCUUUGAACGGUAAAAGGUCUCCUUGCCCGAUUCAACAGCUCCCAAGUCAUAGACAUCCAGGACAUAUCCAGGACAUUCUUUCCCAAUUUACUAUGGAUGCAGCAGGCGAAUUUAUCUUCGGCAGCACAACUUUCAACACACUUGACCUUCCCCUUGUGUGCCAUUCCAAGUCUCUAGCUGGCUGUGAGCUUUAGAAAAGCUGACGAU